CUGACACAUCGAGCAGAGGGAUUGCAGCCGGCUGGAGAGAAGGAUCAGGAAGAGAAACUUCAAGAAACUUAACAGGAUUAAUCCAGAACACCAAAGAAGAAGAAGAAGAAAAUAGGAAGAACAACAGGAAGUGAAAAACAUGUAAACAACAACACGUGAAGAAGAAGUAAACAAAGUAAAGUCACUCUUUGAGUCUGUUUUCUGCUGCAGCUGCUAAAAAAACACCAACCAGCAAGACGGAUGGAAGGAUCAGCAGGAAAUCCCAGCGCUGCCUCGUCACGUCCGCUUCCUGCCCACCCCGACCACGAACUGCUCCAACCAGCUGACCGGACCUUAACGACCCUGGAGGACACGGGGCAGAAACCAGAGUCAGUCAGUCCGUCAGGGUCCCCGACCUACCAGACUCCAGAACAGACUCUUCAGAGACCAAAAAAGACUCGCCACAGACCAAAGGAGACCCUUCAGAGACCAGAAGAGAUCCAUCUGAAACCAGAAAAGACCUAUCAUAGACCAAAAGUGACCCAUCGGUGUCCAGAGGAGAACCAAAAGAAAUCAAAAGAGACCCUUAAGAAACCAGAAGAAACCCAUCACAGUCCAGAAGGGACCCUUCAGAGUCCAGAAGAGACCCAACAUAAAUCAAACAAGACUAUUAAGAAACCAGAACAGACCCACCAGAAACCAAAAGAGACCCUUCAGAGUCCAGAAGAGUCCCACCAAAGUCCAGAAGAGACCCAACAGAAAUCAGAAGAAACCAUUAAGAAACCAGAAGAGACCCAUCAGAGACCAAAAGGGACACUUCAGAGUCCAGAAGUGACCCCUAAGAGUCCAGAAGAGACCCAUCAGAGACCAAAAGGGACACUUCAGAGUCCAGAAGUGACCCCUAAGAGUCCAGAAGAGACCCAUCAGAGACCAAAAGGGACACUUCAGAGUCCAGAAGUGACCCCUAAGAGUCCAGAAGAGACCCAUCAGAGACCAAAAGAGGCCCUUAAGAAACCAAAAGGCACCCUAAAGAAACCAGAAGAGACCCAUCAGAGACCAAAAGAGACCUUUAAGAAACCAAAAGGGACCCUAAAGAAACCAGAAGAGACCCAUCAGAGACCAAAAGGGACACUUCAGAGUCCAGAAGUGACCCCUAAGAGUCCAGAAGAGACCCAUCAGAGACCAAAAGAGACCCUUAAGAAACCAGAAGAGACCCAUCAGAAACCAAAAGAGAUCCUUCAGAGUCCAGAAGUGACCCUAAAAAGUCCUGAAGAGACCCUAAAGAGUUGUGAAGAGACCCAACAGAAAUCAAAAGAUACCCUCAAGAAACCAGAAGAGACCCUUAAGAAACCAGAGGAUACCCAUCAGAUACCAAAAGUGACCCAUCAGAGUCCAGAAGAGAGCUUUCAGAGUCUAGAAGAGAUCCUUCAGAGUCCAGAAGAAACACAACAGAGACCAAAAGUGACCCAUCAGAGUCCAGAAGAGACCCAUCAGAGACCAAAAGAGACCCAUCAGAGACGAGGAGAGACCCUUCCGAGUCCUGCACUGAACCCCCAGAGACCUAAAGACACCUAUCAGAGUCUAGAAGAAACCCUUCAGAAUCUUGGAGAGACCCAGGAGUCUGGAGAGGACCCGUUCCAGCUGUAUUUCAUCAAAAGUUUAAGUGGUAAAGAUCCAACACUAAAACCAGAAUUAUUUAAGACCAAACCAGAUAAAAUCCAACUUCAACAAGACCUGCUCCCUGGAGAACCUCCUCCUCCUCCUGACCUGAACACUGAGCAGACUCCUCCUCCUCCUCUUCAUGACCUGAACUCUGAGCAGACUCCUCCUCCUCCUCUUCCUGACCUGAGCAUUGAGCAGACUCCUCCUCCUCCUCCCCCUCCUGACCUGAACACUGAGCAGACUCCUCCUCCUCCUCCUCCUGACCUGAGCACUGAGCAGACUCCUCCUCCUCCUCCUCCUGACCUGAACACUGAGCAGACCCCUCCUCCUCCCCCUCCUCCUCCUCCUCCUGACCUGAACACUGAGCAGACUCCUCCUCCUCCCCCUCCUCCUCACCUGAACACUGAGCAGAGACCUCCUCCUCCUCACCUGAACACUGAGCAGACUCCUGCUCCUCCUCACCUGAACACUGAGCAGACUCCUCCUCCUCCUCACCUGAACACUGAGCAGACUCCUCCUCCUCCCCCUCCUCCUCCUCCUCACCUGAACACUGAGCAGACUCCUCCUCCUCCUCACCUGAACACUGAGCAGACUCCUCCUCCUCAACUGAACACUGAGCAGACUCCUCCUCUUCACCUGAACACUGAGCAGACUCCUCCUCUUCCUCACCUGAGCAUUGAGCAGACUCCUCCUCCUCCUCCUCUUCACCUGAACACUGAGCAGACUCCUCCUUCUCCUCCUCUUCACCUGAACACUGAGCAGACUCCUCCUCUUCACCUGAACACUGAGCCUCCUCCUCCUCCUCCUCACCUGAACACUGAGCAGACUCCUCCUCCUCUUCACCUGAACACCGAGCAGACUCCUCCUCCUCUUGACCUGAACUCUGAGCAGACUCCUCCUCCUCCUCCUCACCUGAACACUGAGCAGACUCCUCCUCCUUCUUCAGACCAUCAGAACCAGUUGCCUCCUCCGAUCAUUGUUUUGACUAACGUAUCGACCCUGGCUCCUCCGGCUCCGCCCCUCAUCAAUGAGCUCUUCUCCGACCAGGUGCAGCCCCCGCCUCCAGCUUCUCCUGCAGGUGAGCCUAAACUGUGUGGCUUCCUGCAGAAGCAGGGUGGGCCUCUGAGAGCAUGGAAGGAGCGCUGGUUCACCUACGAGGAGAAGAAGAACCAGCUGUUCUACUACCGUACACCCCAGGAUGUGAGGCCACUCGGCCGCGUGGAGCUCUGCAGCGCCACCUUCACUUACCCUCUGAACGCUGAGAGAGGCACCUUCCACAUCAAGACACCUGAACGCACCUUUGUUCUCAAGGCUGUGUCACAGGAAGUGAUGCUCUACUGGCUGCAGCAGCUGCAGGGGAAACGCUGGCAGCACAGACAGACGUCCACCUGUCCGGACCUCACCAACAAUAACUACAACCAAACUACAGAUGACUUCCUGCCGCCGAUGAAGAGUCCUGUGGGUCUGGUGGGGGAGGGGGCGGCGAACACACCGUCACAACGACCGGCGCUCACAAAUAUGUCAAUCAAACACCCGCUCAUCGCGAUCCAAAACUCCGUCCACAGUCUCCGAAAGAGGUCGUCUCAGGAGUGGAGCCAGAGCGUGUUUCAUGUAGAAACUCCGUCCAUGGACCCCACAGUCCCCGACAGCCCAGUCUCUCCAUCCCCGAGGACUCCCAGUGAGCCUCAGACUCCGCCUCCCUGUGCUCAGGUGGCGCCCGUGAUGCGUAAGGAGUCUCCUUCUCGUUUGGACAGCCGUAGCAGGUGGUCCAAGACUCGUAGCUCCAUGAUGGUCCUCCGCAGGGACACCAUGUCUUCGGAGCGGACUAGUCGCCUCCUGCAGGAGAAGCAGAUGCUGACGGAGGAGGUGAAGGCUCAGAAGGAGCUGGUCUGGAUCCUGCACAAAGCUUUGGAGGCGUCUCAGCUGGAGAAGCGCACCUGUACAGAGUUUUUGGCUGCCACAGGUGAGCAGGAGCGUCUGGAGCUGCUGCGUCACCGCGAGCGACAGGCGACCGACCUGCGAGCCCGGCUGCAGGAGGCGAGGGAGGAGGCGGAGACGGCGAGGGAGGAGGCGGAGACGGCGAGGAGGAGUCAGGAUCAGAGUGACGCCAAGGUGACCCACCUGGAGGAGAGAGUCCGCAUUCUGGAGGAGAAGAACACGGCCAGACAGGAGGUGAUAAUUAAACUCUCCGAUCAGCUGACCGCCUGUAUGGCGGCCCCCCCGCGGUCCUCUGGAGGGGACGUGGACUCUCAGACCUUCAGACGGCUUCAGCAGCAGAUUGAGAACCUUCAGGACGACAUGGAGGCGUAUCAGACUCAGAACCGGUUUCUGAACUCUGAGAUCCAGCAGCUGACCCGGCUGUGGAGGACCAGCUCGGAGCAGGAGAAGAGUCUGAUGGUGAAGUGUGCUCAGCUGGAGGCAGGUAACUGCCAGGCGGAGAGCCGGUACCUGAGCGUCCUGCGGCAGCUGCAGGAGGUGAAAGCUCUGGAUCCGGUCCAGAGGGCAGCCGUCCAGAAGAUGAUCGAGGACGCAGUGAAGGGAGACCUGAAAAGCACAAAGCUGAACCUGACCAGAGAACACGACGAGUACGGCUUCAAGAUCAUCCCCGACUACGAGGUGGAGGACAUGAAGCUGCUCGCCAAGAUCCAGGCCCUCGAGAUCCGCUCCCACAACCUGCUGCAACAGGAGCAGGGAGAGCGCCCCCUGCUGGCUCGCUGGGCUCAGUACCUGGCAGGAAGGUGUGAUGAUGACCUCGUGCCCUCACCUGAGCUCAAAGGUCUACUGCGAGCAGGUGUCCCUCCGGAGUACAGACAACAGGUGUGGCGCUGGCUGGUCCGAGCAAGAACCAGAACCAUCAGAGAACAACACCCACAGCGCUACCAACAGCUGUGUGAGAAGAGUCGGGCGUCCUCUCAGCCCGCCUACAGACAGAUCCAGCUGGACCUCCACCGCACCCUCACGACCAAUCAGCACUUCACCUCACCCUCUAGCCCCGCCCUCCAGCAGCUCCGCCGCGUCCUAUUGGCCUUCUCCUGGCAGAACCCCGCCGUCGGCUACUGCCAGGGACUCAACAGGUUGGCAGCCCUGUCUCUGCUGGUCCUUCAGAGUGAGGAGGACGCUUUCUGGUGUCUGGUGGCCGUGGUGGACGCCAUCAUGCCUCAGGACUACUACACCAAGGACCUGGUGGCCUCUCAGGCAGACCAGCGUGUGUUGAAGGACUUGCUGUCAGAGAAACUCCCCCGGUUGGCGGCUCACUUCGAAGACCAUCAGAUCGAUGUUACUCUGGUCACCUUUAACUGGUUCCUGGUGGUUUUUGUGGAGAGUCUGCCGAGCGACCUCCUGCUGCCGCUGUGGGACGCCUUCCUGUAUGAGGGCACUAAGGUGAUCUUCAGGUACGCUCUGGCUCUCUUUAAAUACAAAGAGGACGACAUCAUGAAGAUCAGAGACAGCGUGGAGAUCUACCAAUACCUGCGCUUCUUCACCAAGACCAUCACCGACUGCAGGAAGCUGAUCAACAUUGCCUUCAGUGACAUGAACCCGUUCCCCGGCCGCAUGCUGAGGACCCGGCGAGCGUUUCACCUGGAGCGCCUGCAGGGCGAGCUCCGAGAGCUGGAGGAGCAGCAGAGAGCGUUCGUAACGGAGAGCGCCGAACGGAAGGACAAAGAGCUCGACACGGCCGUGAGCGAGGAUGACGACGAACUGUGACACACACACCUCAACACACACACACUCAAACACACACCUCAACACACACACACUCACCUGAACCUCACAUUAUGUGUUAUGAAACACUGGCACAGUAACAGUGUUGUAUUAUAGUGUGAACACUUUGUAUGUGUGUAUGUGUGUUUGUGUGUGUGUGUAUGUGUUUUUAUGUAUGUGUGUGUGUUGAUGUAAAUAUGUGUGUGUUCUCAGGAUAAACUGUAUUUUAUGUUCUCAGCUGAUGAAGAUGUGUUCUUCUUGUGUUCGUGUUUUGUUCUGUAGAUAAAGUUCUGCUCUUAAAACUCUG